GGAGAGGCGUAGACGAGACUAGUCCUGGUCUGCGGGGAGGUAGACGGCUCCGUCGCAGACUACGGACCUCUCUGGUCUCAGCUGCCAAAGACCCUGUCCGGUAGGUGAGUGGCUCACUUUGAGGGAAAGGCUUCUCGGAUCGAAGCUUCUUCAUGGCCGUUCAGAUCGUGAGUGGCCAGGGCUGCUCUCUUUGCGGAGGACGGCGUCCAAUGAGUGCAGUUUAUUCGAGGAAAUACUAGCCGGACACCAUGAGUGGUUGUCGAGUAUUUAUCGGGAGGUUAAAUCCAGCGGCCAGGGAGAAGGACGUGGAAAGAUUCUUCAAGGGGUAUGGACGAAUAAGAGAUAUUGAUCUGAAAAGAGGCUUUGGUUUUGUGGAAUUUGAGGAUCCCAGGGAUGCGGAUGAUGCCGUAUAUGAACUCGAUGGAAAAGAACUGUGCAGUGAAAGGGUUACUAUUGAACAUGCUAGAGCUCGGUCUCGAGGUGGACGAGGUAGAGGACGCUAUUCUGACCGUUUUAGUAGUCGCAGACCUCGAAAUGAUAGACGAAAUGCUCCACCUGUAAGAACAGAAAAUCGGCUUAUAGUUGAGAAUUUAUCUUCAAGAGUCAGCUGGCAGGAUCUCAAAGAUUUCAUGAGACAAGCUGGGGAAGUAACCUUUGCGGAUGCACAUCGACCUAAAUUAAAUGAAGGGGUGGUUGAGUUCGCCUCUUAUGGUGAUUUAAAGAAUGCUAUUGAAAAACUUUCUGGAAAGGAAAUAAAUGGGAGAAAAAUCAAAUUAAUCGAAGGCAGCAAAAGGCACAGGUCACGGAGCAGGUCUCGUUCCAGGACCAGGAGUUCCUCUAGGUCUCGUAGCCGGUCUCGGUCCCGGAGUCGCAAGUCUUACAGCCGGUCCAGGAGCAGGAGCCGGAGCCGGAGCAAGUCCCGUUCUGUUAGUAGGUCUCCUGUGCCUGAGAAGAGCCAGAAACGUGGUUCUUCAAGUAGAUCUAAGUCUCCAGCAUCUGUGGAUCGCCAGAGGUCCAGGUCCCGAUCCCGGUCAAGGUCCAGAUCAGUUGACAGUGGCAAUUAAACUGUAAAUAACUUGCCCUGGGGGCCUUUUUUUAAAAAAACAAAUUCCCAAACCAUACUUGCUAAAAAUUCUGGUAAGUAUGUGCUUUUCUGUGGGGGGGGGGGGGUGGGAUUUGGAGGGGGGGGGGGGUUGGGCUGGAAAUCUUUGUAGAUGUGGACCACCAGGGGUUGUUGAAAACUAAUUGUAUUAAAUGUCUUUUGAUAAGCCUUCCGCUCACAUUUUUGUGAAUGUCUGAAGUGUAUAGUUUGUGUAUAUCGAGAGAGCUCUUUUAUAACUAAAGCAAAUUUAAUUUUUUUGUACUAGAAAAGAUUUGAACAUUUUAGUUCUUGGUUAUUCAAAUAUGUUAAUUCAGAAUUAGUUUAAUGCAUCAAUUAAACUAAUUAAUAGCUUUGGACAUUUAAAAGAGCUCUAAAUUUGCUUGUACAUAAAGGCUUGAGUUUUCCUUGUUAGGGUCAAGGGUGUCCUCCCACCCACCCUUUAACAGCUGCCUGACAAAGACACGGUAAAGCAGCUGUUAUUGAUAAUAAAACAUUAUAAAAACUG